CGCACGGCCAAGGCUGCGACAGCGCGUGCAAAGUGCGGAACUGUUUGAGACGGCGCCGCGCUGCAGGCUGCCAAAUCUUGUUGCGCUGCAGCAGCAGUGCCUGAAGUUUGUUCCAGAUGUGGGCGGGUCCGGCUCCGUCGUGGUCUCUUGAGACGAGUAGGGCCGGGGGUGGCACCGGCCCCCCGUCCAGUGCCGUUCCAGCGCUGCAGCGAAGCAAUUGCCCAGCAUCGUCCUCGCCUUGGUCCCCUCGCCAUCCUCGACGCCCGCUUACACUCCCAUCGAACGUUCCCGCUCCAACGACGCCCUCGACGCUGCGACCCGCACCGCCCUCGCACACGCGCAUCCGCAUCGUCUGAACACCCAUGGGAGCACCCAAGCAGGCACCCGCUGCUGCUGGACCAGUAUAACACACGCCGCCAUGCGCGAGGCCACGGGCGUGCCGUGGACAGGGGCGACGCCAGUGCUGGAGGUGCGCGACUCCAGCCGGCCCUACCACUGUCCGUCCUACAAACUGCCCGAGUACGGGGUAAUUGAAAUUUCCCCGGGCUACACCAUCAACCUGACCACGAAUGCCAUCUUCCGCCCACAGUGCACCUCCGCCUCGCAGGGCGCCGACGGCGACGGCACCGGCCAGGUCCUCAGCGUCGCCGACAUCCGCGACCCCUUCCAUGCCUCCAUCACCCCGCAGGCCUACGCAACCGGCGCCGCCACCGUCAUCGCCUGGAUGCUCGUCAUCAUGCUGAUCAUCACGCCGCGCACCUUCUUUGUCGGCAACGCUUCUGGACGCUCAGGCCUCAUGGGCCGCCGCGGCAUGAUCAGCGGCGCGUCGGGCGGCGGGAGCAUCAUCGGCGUCGGCAGUCGCCCGUGGCUGCAGAAGGUGGCUGCGCUGACCGUUGCCAUCUCGCUGACGCUGGCCACCGCCGACACGUUCAAGAUUGCCGGACGCCAGUACGGCGAGGGCUUCAUCGAUGCCAUGGAGCUGCGUGACCAGGUCGUCUCAGGCAUGGAGAUCAAGGUGUCGCGCAUCAUCUCCGACAUCUUCUUGUGGCUUGCACAGGUGCAGACCCUGAUCCGCCUCUUUCCCCGCCACAAGGAAAAGGUCAUCAUCAAGUGGGUGGGCUUCGCCCUCAUACUGCUCGACAUCAUCUUCAGCGCCCUCAACAGCUUCGGUCCGUACGACGACAAUCCCCGCCCCGCCCACUUUGAUACCGCCAUCCCCGCACUAAGCUACCUCUUCCAGCUGUCUCUCAGCAUGUUGUACGCCGCCUGGGUCCUCUACUACGCCACCACCAAGCGACGAUACGCCUUCUACCACUCCAUGAUGUGGAACAUGAGCGUCGUCGCCCUACUGUCAAUCAUCGCCAUACUCACGCCUGUCGUAUUCUUCAUCACCGAUAUCGCCAACUACACCAUUGCCGGCUGGGGAGACUAUUUCCGUUGGGUGGGAGCAGCGGCAGCCAGUGUCAUUGUCUGGGAAUGGGUAGAGCGCAUUGAGGCGCUAGAAAGAGAAGAGAGGAAGGAUGGAAUCCUGGGGAGGGAGAUCUACGAUGGAGACGACAUGCUCGACAACACCCCAUCAUCAUCUUCAACAACAUCGAAAUGGCCAUACUCGAAACGGACUUCUUCUUCGGAGAAAAAGGGAGGAGGCGACGGUGGUCUUGGCGGUUUCAAUCUGAGUGCCUUCGCCGCGGGACAGACGAGCCGUGUUGGUGAACUCGCUCAGAAGUGGGGACGAAAGAUGACAGAGUCACCGCGAGCAGAAGCGCGCAAGAAGCGCACCAUCCACGUCCCUGCACCAGCACCAGUGCACCAGCGAUCAGAGUCCGCUCGUGGUGGUGACCGCAGCUCAAGUGCGUACGUACGCGUUCAGAGCCCAGUGCCUCCACCGGCCGUCCCUGUGGUAGCUUCGCCAGUCAGCAGGACAGACACCACAAGUGCAGACUCCACCGUCUAUACAGUACUGUACCACCCCAUCAACGAAACACCGCCAAUCCGUCAAUCUGGAUCAAUCGAAGAUCGAUUGACGCCAGAAGCAGCAAAAUCACAGCAAACUUCUGCGCCUCAGAAAGGUGUUGCACAGCCUGCAAACGCUAAUGAUCCUGAGAAGGGUGCCACGGAUCCAGAGUCCUUUGCCAGCAACAGCAGAUGGAACUGGCAGGCCAUAGCCAAUCCCUUCACAAGGAAGGGACGGGCGCCACCACAGGAGCUGCAAAGAGGGCAGGUCAUCGAGCCGCUCGCUGUCGAUGAGGUCCAUGCCAACAUUCCACCGCGCAACUACAACGGUCUGGCAAUAUCGGAUCGAUUGGGCACAUUCGCCGCGCAACAAGGCGAAAGGUUCAGGUCGAAGAAGAAGAUCCAAGUGUCUGAGAUGAACCUGCCCGUGACCAUCAUCCCAGCUCAGCCACGUGGCCAGACGUGGUCGCCAGAUUCCCUUCAGCGUCAGCAGCAGCAACGAGAAGACAUCGGUACCCCACAAAGCGAGGUGUCAGCCACCGCUGGCAUUCAGAUUGCAAGGAUACCAACCACGAUCGAGGAGCAAUCAGAUGUGCCAUCACCAACAGACUCCGAGCAGACUGUCAACUCGAGUGAGGUUGUCGAGCCUCCUACCUCUGCCAACGACAAUCGCAAUGCGCGCAGACGGUACACGCCUCGGGCUGGGGGGCUGACGGCACAUCCUACCAUGUCGCCUGCCAGUCUGGUAGAAGAGAUCCAAAGUCCUACUCCGCUGCUGGACCACGCCUCGCAAGCAGGAUCGUCAUCUCAGUAGCACACCAGCUACGACAGAUAGCGUGGCCUGGGCGAUGAUUUCUGCACUUCUUUGUUUAUAUUCUCGCCGCGCUUUAGCGUCGAUACUUGUAUACCCCAUGUUUUUUCAACGGCGCACUGGUGGCACGGUGAGACGGCUGCAUCCGCAUAGUUCUUGGCGCAUUACAUUGUCUGGACUCAAAAAGUUGAGAGCGACUGGGAGCCCUUAGGGAGGGCUAGAUGUUCUUUGGAUACCCGCCGAUGUCACUGGACUCGGCUUCACACUUACGUCUGAGGGAUAUGAUGGAUUGCUGUGCUGUGUAUAUGUAGCAGACGAAAGAUCCGACCUGAGACGAGAUGAUAUGUUACUAGCAAUGAAUAGAAGAUCUCAAAUCAAAUGGUUUAGUGUGCCA